AUGGCGGCCCUCAUCAAGCUCGGAAGCCUUCUUAGGCAGAGUGCUUUGGCGAGCAGUGCCUCGACCGGCUCGGCUCCUGCCCUGUUCAACGCUGCCCGCUUCAUGUGCGCCGGCCAGCCAGCUGGUGGCAAUAAGCUUUUCGUCGGCGGUCUGGCCUGGGCUACUGACGAUCAUUCGCUGAAGGAGGCGUUCCAAAGCUUUGGAGAGGUCGUUGAGGCACGUGUCAUCACUGAUCGAGAGACUGGAAGGUCUAGAGGGUUUGGUUUUGUGAGCUUUGCGAAUGAAGCUGAUGCAGAUAGCGCUGCAAAAGGCAUGGACGGUCAGGAGCUUGCAGGGAGGAACGUCCGUGUGAACUUCGCCAAUGAGAGACCUUCGGGUGGUGGCGGCUUCUCACGCGGCGGCGGUGGCUAUGGAGGAGGUGGUGGCUUUGGCGGCGGCGGCGGCUACGGCGGUGGUGGCCGAGGUGGCGGUGGCUAUGGUGGUGACCGUGAAGCUUUCUAA